UUCCGGGUUGCGCAGCCAUCUCAAGUGAGCCACCGCGGGUAAACUUCACCCAGAGGGCUUCACCGAGCCGUCUUUUCCGGGUUGCCCAGCCACCGCAUUCCUGCCAGUCUUUGCAAGAAGGAUCCUGAAGAGAAAGGAAAAAAUUUUCCCCAUCUAAAAGUACAGAUCAGUCCUAGCUUCUCUGGAUUCUGUGCUUUUCGAGUGGAGGAACCCCAAAGAGGACUACGAAGUUCUUGCAGUUCUACAACCAUGGCCCAUAUGUCCUUGUCAUUCAGUGAUGUGGCCAUAGACCUCUCCCAGGAAGAGUGGGAGUGCAUGAACCCUGUUCAGAGGGCCUUGUACAGGGAUGUGAUGUUGGAGAACUACAGCAACCUGGUCUCAUUGGGAUGUUCCACUCCUAAGCCAGACAUGAUUACUUUAUUGGAGCAAGAGAAAGAGCCCUGGAUGAUAAUGAGAGAAGGAACAGGAAGUUGGUUCACAGAGUACAUCAUGAGAAACGCUGGGCUGGAAGAAGCACAAGCUGGAAUCAAGACUGCUGGGAGAAAUAUCAAUAACCUCAGAUAUGCGCAUGGCACCACCCUUAUGGCAGAAAGUGAAGAAGAACUAAAGAGCCUCUUGAUGAAAGUGAAAGAGGAGAGUGAAAAAGUUGGCUUAAAGCUCAACAGUCAGAAAACUAAGAUCAUGGCAUCCGGUCCCAUCACUUCAUGGCAAAUAGAUGGGGAAACGAUGGAAACAAUGGCUGACUUUAUUUUUUGGGGUUCCAAAAUCACUGCAGAUGGUGACUGCAACCAUGAAAUUAAAGGACACUUACUCCUUGGAAGGAAAGUUAUGACCAACCUAGACAGCAUAUUAAAAAGCAGAGACAUUACUUUGUCCGUCUAG